GAGUAGCAGGUUGUUUGACACACAUGGGCACACAAGAUUAUGAAUAGUGAAGACAAUGAAGAGUGGGACAUCCAUCAAAGAGUAACAACCUCUUAUAAGGUAACUAGUGUGACCUCAUGACGCUUCUGUAAAAGCCAGAUUCAGCUAGGAUGUUACACCAUCACUGUCGGAGAAACCCUGAACUACAGGAAGAGUUGCAGAUUCAGGCUGCAGUUGCUGCUGGCGAUGUUCACACCGUGCGCAAGAUGCUGGAGCAAGGAUAUUCUCCAAAUGGUCGAGAUGCCAAUGGCUGGACCUUGCUUCAUUUCUCUGCAGCAAGAGGAAAAGAGAGAUGUGUCCGUGUUUUUCUUGAACAUGGAGCUGAUCCCACAGUUAAGGACUUAAUUGGAGGCUUCACUGCUCUGCAUUAUGCAGCCAUGCAUGGCCGAGCGAGGAUUGCACGCUUGAUGUUGGAAUCUGAAUAUAGAAGUGACAUUAUUAAUGCAAAGAGCAACGAUGGUUGGACUCCCCUCCAUGUAGCAGCCCACUAUGGCAGAGACUCAUUUGUCAGGCUCCUGUUGGAGUUCAAGGCUGAGGUUGAUCCGCUCAGUGAUAAAGGUACUACACCGCUUCAGCUGGCCAUUAUCCGAGAGAGGUCAAGCUGUGUGAAAAUCCUUCUGGAUCACAAUGCCAACAUUGACAUUCAAAAUGGUUUCCUGUUACGAUACGCUGUGAUCAAAAGCAAUCACUCUUACUGCCGAAUGUUCCUUCAGAGAGGGGCGGAUACAAACUUGGGUCGCUUGGAAGAUGGACAGACACCCUUACACUUGUCUGCUCUUAGAGAUGAUGUGCUUUGUGCACAAAUGUUGUAUAAUUACGGAGCAGACACUAACACAAGGAACUAUGAAGGACAGACCCCACUGGCUGUUUCAAUAAGUAUUUCUGGAAGUAGCCGACCCUGUCUGGAUUUCUUACAAGAAGUGACAAGGCAGCCCAGAAACUUGCAAGAUCUAUGCCGAAUUAAAAUCCGUCAGUGUAUAGGCCUUCAAAACCUAAAACUACUUGAUGAACUACCCAUUGCCAAGGUCAUGAAAGACUACUUAAAACACAAAUUUGAUGAUAUCUGAUAUCCAUGAAGAGAAGAACUCUGAGCAAGAUUAGUUAUAUUCCAGAUACUGAAGAGGCUUGUUGCCUUGCACAAAGUAUAUCCUAUGCAAAUUCUGAUUUUUUCUGUGAAGUCAGAAGGCAGGUAUACACUUCCUUGGGUUUUUUAUACCACAUGCUAGAAGGUCUUAAUUUUUGGUUUCUUGGUCCAAGUUUACAAGGUCCAAGCUUUCUAUACAAUAUUACGUUUUAAAAAUUGCUGUUGGGUUUUUGUUUGUUUGUUUUCACAUUAAGUGUGCAGACUUGCAGUGGAGAUGGAAGGUAGCCUCUCAAGGGAAGUGGUUGGUUUGAAUUGGCACGCUGAGCAAUUAUUCAAGAAAACAAAGUUUGGAUAUCAAGGCACCAGUCCUGCAAAAGGAUACAGAUAGAAAGAUCUUCAGAGCCCUGUUGUCUGUUGGGACUCUUGUGUGUUUUUGCAGGAUAGAGGGAAGAGUUGAUAGUCAACGUGUCCUAGGGUACUGUACGUAUAUAAUUUGGAAAUUAAAGAAAAAAUGCAGUUACCCUAUUCAAUUUGAGGGUCUAUACAUUGGCUCUUUAUAUAUUAUUCUUUUCCUACUUACUGUAGUGGGGAUGUCCAUAGAAUUCGGGCCCUCAUCAUUCCUGACAUUCCCUGUUAAAUGGGCGACUGUUUGUAAGUCUAUUUUUAACAGUGACAGUACACUACAAAGAGGCAUAGCCUCUGUAUUUUUUACAUUAACUUAAGAGUAAACAAAUUUAGAUUUUUUUUUUUUUUGAAGCCAAUGUAUUCUGUUUCUCAUACAGUGCCUCCUGUGCAAUAAUCUUUCUGAUGUAUUUUCCCUUUAUGUGUGAUUUCCCCCACACAUACUAUUCCUCAUUUAGUCUUAGUGCAUUAUUUGUGAGGACAGGAACUGCUGCCUCGCUGUAGUAUUGAUGUGACAUUACAAAAGUGAUGCAGCAGUUGCUGUUCAUUAUUACUCCCUGAAUUUCAUGAAUGUAUAACCUGCUUUAUUUCAUUUUCAGUUGAAAUUUUAUCUACGGGUUCUCAGCCAAAUUGUGUCCACUUCAAAAAGAGAAAAGAAAUUGGCCAAACCCUUUUGUUUUAAAAGCAGUAAUGGAUUUUUUUUUUUAUUGCUCUGAAAUUCAGUUCAGGUUCGAGAUUGGGAAAUGCACAGAAGUUAAGAUGCAUUUUAUAUGUGCACUAACAAGAAAAGCCCUGUUCAUAUUGGAAGUUUAAAUUUUGCAAUUAAUCUGAAAGCAGCAACUGAAAGGAGUACUGGAAUUCAGCUACUGAAUGUGUUUUUUCAUGCUAGGUAUUAAAAAUAUCUGUUAAAGACUUUUGUUUCUGAUCAUAAAAAAGAAAGUUCUUGCUAUCAAAAAAAGAUUGGGCC